GUGGGUGAGGUGGGGAGGUGCAUAGAAGUUAGAAACUGAGAGUCUGAGAGAAGUGAAUUUUGCCGCAGUGGUCCAAAUGCUUAUUACACAUUCAUAUUCUUCUUGUUGCUUAUUGAUAGACAAAUAGAUAUAAAGAAGAUUAGAGAGACAGUUUCACUGUCUGUUGCUUUCCAAUAAGCAACCAACAAAUAAAAAUUAAAAAAAAAAAAAAAAAAGCCCCUUAAUUUCCCCUUCCAAUCUUCAACGAUUCAAAAUCUUCAAGCUCUUAUCGAACCCUAAUUUCACUAUCUACCUUUUCAUGGCUGCUAUGGCUGCAACAACGUGCCUUCCAAGCUCACCACAACUUCGAUUAGCUCUCAAUGGCGUGAACUAUCGGAAAUCCCCUGCGAUUCUUGUACGGGCUCGUAUGGGGAAGCAGGAUCGUUGGAUUCGUGCACUCUGUCUUGCUAAUGAGGAAGCGAGGAAUGCGAGUGGCAAGCGUUGUCGUAGAAUUGCGUUGGUCCGGGCGGAUUCUGGAGUUGAUGGGUUUUCUGGAUGGUCCGGUUCUGAAGGUGGAGAAGAAUCAAUGGAGUCGGAGAGAAAGAACUGGUUUGGAGGAAUAGUGGGAGCUGGAGUAGCAGGAGUCGUUCUUGCUGGUGGUCUUACUUUUGCUGCAUUAUCUUUGGGAAAAAGGAGCAGUUCUCGACCAAAACAACAGAUGGAGCCCUUGACAACGCAGCAGGAAGUGUCAUUGGUGUCAGAUGAUCAGAAUGAUGAAGUCCUGGGGCUUGAAAAAGACUUGUAUAAGCAGGAUGAUCGUAGUCUGGAAGGCGGAACAGGUACACACAGGGAUUCUUCUUCAUCUUCAGAAAUCAUUGAUGCUUCUAAAAAUAGAGUUGGUGAUAAGUCUGAUGUCGGUAGCAUGAAUGAUCAUGAAUCCGAUGGUACUGAUGUCUUCAACAAUGCUUCCACUGAAGAAACUGUGCAAUAUAAAUCAACUUUUAAUGAGAAGUUAGAUGAUACUGACAGUGAUACAGUGUCAAAGUCAUACAAUCUUCUUGAACCUGAAAAAGGCAAUGAAUCGUUUGUUGCCUCUGGUUUUGAAGAUUUGGAUGGCAAUUUUCCGCUUGGUACAGCAGAAUUAACUUCUGAGCAAGAGAACCCAGUCAUUGUCAGACAAGCGGACUUGUCAGUUUCUAAUACUGUUCCGUCAAACCUUAGCCUUGACAAGCAGGAUGAACUAUCUGAUUCCGGUGGAGAUCAAACUUCUGAUCAAUCAUUGGAUUCUACUAGUUUCAUUAACCAUUCACCUAACGAGCCUCUGGCUCUAAACGAGUCAUUGGGUCUGCAGUCAAACUCAAAUUUAGAACCACAUAUUUUGCCUAAAGACAGCAAAGUAAAUGUAGUCUCAUCUUCAUCCAAUCCAAAUGUUGACCUGAGCAAAUUGCCAGAGGUCUCAGCUGAAAGAAGUUCACCUCUGGAAGUGCAUAGCAGAGGUGAAGGUGGGUCAUCUGGAACAUCUGUGUCAGCAUCUGAGCUUUCAUUUCCAAAUCAGCCAUUUACACAAAGUGAUAAUGAUAUUAGUAAAGGCACAUUUGUAUCAUCAAACCCUGGGAAUUCCUUCUCUUCUGCUGGUAUACCUGCUCCAUCUGUGGUUUCUGCAGCUCUGCAGGUGCUUCCUGGAAAAGUGUUGGUUCCUGCAGUAGUUGAUCAGGUUCAGGGACAGGCAUUAGCGGCAUUGCAAGUGUUAAAGGUCAUAGAAGCUGAUGUUCAACCUGGUGAUUUAUGUACACGUCGUGAAUUUGCUAGAUGGUUGGUUUCUGCGAGCAGUGCUCUUUCAAGGAACACAAUAUCCAAAGUAUAUCCUGCAAUGUACAUCGAGAAUGUCACUGAGCUUGCAUUUGAUGAUGUUACGCCUGGUGACCCUGAUUUUUCAUCCAUUCAAGGAUUGGCAGAAGCUGGACUUAUCUCAAGCAAGCUUUCCAGACACGAUAUGCUUUCGUCUCUAGAUGAAGACCAGGGUCCAGUUGAUUUCUCUCCUGAAAGCCCUCUAUCACGCCAGGAUCUUGUAAGUUGGAAGAUGGCUCUUGAAAAGAGACAACUACCAGAAGCUGACAGAAAGGUACUCUACCAACUUUCAGGGUUUAUAGACUCUGAUAAAGUACAUCCUGAUGCAUGUCCUGCCCUUGUUGCUGACCUAUCUGCUGGAGAACAGGGAAUUAUAGCUCUUGCAUUUGGUUACACAAGGCUCUUCCAGCCACAUAAGCCAGUAACAAAAGCUCAGGCCGCUAUUGCUCUAGCAACUGGUGAGGCUUCUGAUGUAGUUAAUGAGGAGCUUGCUCGUAUAGAAGCAGAAUCUAUGGCUGAAAAUGCUGUUUCUGCGCAUAGUGCUUUAGUAGCUGAAGUUGAGAAGGAUGUCAAUGCAAAUUUUGAGAAGGAACUUUCCAAAGAGAGGGAAAAGAUAGAUGCUAUUGAGAAAAUGGCAGAAGAAGCAAGGACUGAAUUGGAAAAGUUAAGAGCUGAGAGAGAGGAAGAUAAUAUUGCUUUAAUGAAGGAACGUGCAGCUGUUGACUCAGAAAUGGAAGUCCUGUCAAGAUUAAGGCGUGAGGUGGAAGAACAGUUGCAAAGCCUUAUGAGUAACAAAGUGGAGAUAUCAUACGAAAAGGAAAAAAUUAAUAAACUUCGGAAAGAAACAGAAAAUGAAAGCCAGGAAAUUGCACGCUUGCAGUAUGAGCUUGAGGUUGAGCGGAAAGCCUUGUCCAUGGCCAGGGCUUGGGCUGAGGAUGAAGCAAAAAGAGCAAGAGAACAAGCUAAAGCCCUUGAGGAGGCUAGAGACCGCUGGGAGAGGCAUGGCAUUAAGGUAGUUGUUGACAAUGACCUCCGUGAAGAGUCCUUGGCUGGAGUUACAUGGCUUGAUGCUGGCAAGCAGGUCUUAGUUGAAGGAACUGUUAGCAGGGCCGAAAACUUAAUGGGCAAACUCAAGGCUAUGGCAGAGGAUGUAAGAGAGAAAUCCAGAGAUAUAAUUUACAGAAUCAUUCAAAAGAUAGCCCUCCUGAUAUCAAAACUCAAGGAAUGGGCCUCUGAGGCUGGAAGGAGGACUGAAAAUAUAAGACAUGCUGCAGUUUCAAAGGCCUAUGCAUCAGCACAAGAGUUGCAGCAGAGCACAUCUGAGUUUCGCCUGACCAUCAGAGAAGGUGCAAAGCGAGUCAUGGGAGAUUGUAGGGAAGGAGUCGAGAAACUCACCCAAAAAUUCAAGACAUAAAACCCCUUCUGUCGGUCCCCAUGACUUCUUGUAUCUCUUCCCUCCGUUACUCCAAUAAUUUUUGAGGUAUUGGCUGCUAAGUCAGAGGUGUAAUUUUAGUUUUCUCUUUCGUCUUUGUAUUGUUAGGUGGCCUCUACCUGACCAAAAUACGGAUGUAUUCGGAAAUGCAGUUCUAAGAACUGGUUUUGAAAGCGCAGUCAAUUUUUAAAGUUGUAUACACCAUUUAUGAGACGAGUCUUAUGUUUGCCGGACAAAAUUAAGCCUGGCAUUGUUUUUAAACGGCUGCAUGAAAUUUUUGGCAGAUGAUUUUAUUUCA